AUGGCCAGCCCCGCAUCGCCCCCAGGGACUUCGGACUACUUUCCUGAUCUCUUGGCUAGGCUCAGGGCGGCUGCGCCCUCUCUUCCUUUAGAGCCAGUCGUAUUUCAAUCGCUGCUCCUGUGUCUUGCGGCUGGCGACAAGAACCUGAUCCUCCGCACGCAUGAAGAGGAUAUCAGCGUUGUACAGAAGAUAGCUGUCUCGAUCCUCACCGCCGUCUUCGGGUAUACAACACAGAAAGUCAAGUGCAAAUCCAGACAGCCCCCGGGGGACUUCCUGCGCUCCCUCUUCCUCCCACAGCCGUCGGCAUCCGCUUCAUCUCGGAAGAAACGGUCCAGCUCCCGCAAAUCACACAGCACGAUCACAUCCGGUUCUUUCCUCCCUCGCUCCUCGUCCAAUGCGAGCGAGCUGGCCGCGUCCGGGUCCAAUGUGAUCAACCCUUUCGCAGAUUACAACAACUACAGUAAUACACCGACUACGACGUCUUCGUCGCCGUUGCUAAGCCCGGUACGGGUUCGAGAUGAACAGCACUCCGAGUUCUCGUUCAAUACAACGCCGGACACAGUCCGGAGGCGGGCGAAAGGCCGGCCCCCUCUCGCUCAAGCCCUCGCGGACAGCGACUCUGGCAUCGUACCUACUCCAUCGACGUUCGCUCUGUCCACUCUACCUAGGGCUGUGGUGAUCUCAGGCCUGGAGCAUGUCGGCGUUCCUGCCCAGAGGGCGUUCUUGCAGAUGCUGGCCGACAAACGCCUUGUUAUAGACGAAGACGGAGGCGAAGUGUGGAAUCUGCCCACUGACUUCAUUGUGGUCUAUGUUUGCCCGUGGGAUGAGCGGGAGCGUCCGGCGAUUCACAAUGGCCUGCUAGACAGAUUCGCAAUGAGUGCUAAUAUAGCUCUUACAAGCAGCAUUCGGGAAUCUAUCCUAUCCCACCAUUCGCGAUCGCGCUCCGACCUGAAUUUACCUGGGACUGCUGCCAGGACAGGACUAAUGUCAUCAUCGGAACUGAAAUAUCUUCGUGAACUCGCGGAAGAUCGAACGCUCGUUCACCUUCACCCGGCUCUGUCACUGUACGUGGCCGACCUCUUCGCCGCCACUAGACACCACCCGGAACUGGACGGGACUAUGCUAACGAGGCGGGCGCACAUCGACGUCGAGGACCUCGUACGCGCCUACCGAGUCAUAUUCGGAGAUAGCACUGGCACCGAUUUAAUACGACUCGCCACCCUGGACGAAUUGCAAGGCAGGCAUUCGCAUACCCGGUCCAGGCAACUCUCCGCUUCGACGAGGACGGAGAAUUAUGAGAGUGAGAUCGACGACAUGACAACCGUGCGAGUGAGCUGGGAGUGGAAGGAAGGUGAUGGUGGCGAUGAUCCAGAUGCCCCGCGCAAGCUGCGCGGGGGAUGUCACCUAGAACCGAACCCGGAUCGUGAGGACGAUCCUCUUGACAUCGAGGAUCAGGAGCAGGGAGAUCAGGAGGUGAUGGACAUAUCGGAGGUGGAUGUCGCGAAGGUCGUGCCAAGAGUGGUGUCCCACCGAGUGCGCGUUCGCGAUGGCCCUCGGGACGAGGUUCUGGGGAACGUCAUGUUCUGCGCGGUCGGGCCGCCUCCCACGUAUAAGCCUCCGGAAGAGGAUUUAGAGUGGGAGAGAAGGACUGUAAAAGACAUCAUUGUGGAGGUAUUAGCUGACGUUUAA